AUGCCAGGUGUAUCAAUCGAACUUCCCGGUGUAGCCUUGGUUACCGGGGCCGGGGGCGGCAUCGGCGCCGCGAUCGCCCACGCCUUUGCCCGGGCAGGAUGCACUCGAAUCGCGAUCACAGACCUGCGCCGGGCUUCCCUAGAAGUCGUCCGCGAAGGACUGCUAAAGAUCGACUCAAAAGUCCAAGUCCUAGUCCUGGACGGAGAUAUCUCAGACGAGGGGUUUGUGGAGUCUCUGGUCGCCAAGACGCGGGACACGUUCUCCCGCCUCGACUACGCGGUCAACUGUGCCGGCAUACUCGGGGAGGACUCGCGCUCGGUCGACACCCCCGCCGACGCGUUCGACCUCGUCACUCGGGUCAACACGAGAGGGACCUGGCUGGUCACGCGGGCAGCGGUCAGACAAAUGCUAAAGCAGGAGCCGCUGCCUGCACACCGAGAAAUGAGGGGGUCAGUCGUGAACGUUGCGAGUCAACUAGGCGUCGUUGCUCGCGCCACUGCCUCACCGUACUGUGCUUCUAAAGCCGCCAUUAUAAACAUGACGCGCGCCGACGCCAUUGACUAUUCCCGUGAUGGCAUAAGAAUAAAUUGUGUCUGCCCAGGAUUGAUAUCGACCCCAAUGACAGCGGGUUCGCCGGAUGCCGCCGAGAGGUUCAAGCCGGCAAUCGAUAUUGCGCCAAUGCGACGGAUGGGAAGACCGGAAGAGGUAGCUGAUACUGUUCUGUUUUUAUGCUCACCGCUGGCUUCCUUUAUACAAGGGCAUGCUUUGGUGGUCGACGGCGGAUAUACCAUCAACUAA